UCCGUUGCCGGUUUGGCCGCCAGAAACUAUGCAAGGGAGCCGGUAUGCGAAGCCCCGAGAAGCCGCCAACCCCGCCGUCGGGGGUGGGACGGAGUCGGUGACAGAAGGAGUUCUCCGGGAGGCCCACUCGCUUUAUGUGCACCCGGGUCGUGGUUUGGUGACCAUAGGACAACGCCUGGGCCUGACCCUGCUUCCCCCUCGCCGCAGAGUGACUGUCAUGGUGAUGGGCAACCACAGUGCUGGGAAGAGCAGCUUUAUCAACUGGUAUAUGGAGGAACACAUCCAACGUACUGGGGUUGCUAUUGAGACUCAGGGUUUCACUUUCAUCACUAGUGGAAAGAAGCGAGAAUCUCUCACGGGCAAUGCUACACUCCACCUCUAUCCUCAUUUCCAGAUCUUGCAGAACUUCAAAGGAGUGCCAGAAUACCUGAGUACUGAGAUUUGUACCUCCAAGCAGAAACAAUUUCCUCUUAUCACUUUUCUUGAUACUCCAGGCUUAGUAGAUGGCGAUAUGAAAUACCCUUUUGAUGUGGAAGGAGCACUGAUCUGGUUUGGCCAACUCUGCGAUCUCAUCCUGGUCUUCUUUGAUCCCAUGGGGCAGGCUCUUUGCAAACGCACCUUAAACAUAGUGGAGAAGAUCAAUGAAGAGCAUGGAGACAAGUUACACUUUUAUCUGAGCAAAGCCGAUGAGGCAGGCGCUGAGGGUGAUCGACAGAGAGUGCUGAUGCAGAUUGUUCAAGAACUUUGUAAACGUCCUGGCCUCAAUAAAUGUGGGUUUGACAUGCCUACAAUUUACGUUCCCAACCCCAAUAAGCCGAGUCGGUGCGUUAAUCAGAUCGAGGACGUCUGUCGCACAAUUGAGAAGACCAUCAGCCAGACUGUGCAGCACACACUCAAUGCCCUGGAAAGGGAUUGCCGGCUCAUUGAAGAGGCCACACAGCGUUUGCUAGAAGAUGACAACAAGGCCAGAAACAACAACUUCCAUGCUUUCUUCCGUGGGAUACUUCUGGGCAUGGUGGGUUGCCUGAUGCCUAUUUUCCUUCUUCUGACAUUGAUCUUUGGCACAGCGUUUGCUCGCCAACUGUGGACCUUAGUCCUGGGGGAGAAGCAAAGUCAGGCCCUGGAACUAUAUGUACAACCGGUUGCAUCAGUCUGGAGGCUUGUCCCUGAAGAUCAAACCUUAACAGUAUUUUUUGGUCUUCUCUUCCUCUCGAUUCUCUUCCUGCUCUCGGCCAGCUACACUCUCAGAAUGAAGCCCACUCUCUCCAAAAAGCAGAAGAGGCAGCUGGAAGAUCGACGGAAUUACGUAUUGGAUGUGGUCUUGGCUAAGAAGAGAAAGCUCUAUGAGGAAUACCUUCGACAAAGCAUUGGGGAACAGGACUUGAACUGAAAGCAGCCUAUUCUGAGGAGAUUCCACGUCCCUCUUCUCCCCCUGCCCCACAUCAAUACCUAGAGAAGAGCAUUUACAACGGCAAGCCUUGCAAGUCCAAUUGAUCCAAUCCAGUUGCCAUCUUUUUCACAUAGGGCAGGACCAGUUGGAUAGGGAUGGCAUCCUGGAUCCUUUUGAACUACGACUAACCUUACCUCUAAUGUCCUACAUCUGAAAGGAUUGAUUCACUGGUUAUCUUUUCUGCUGGUCUGUUUGCUGCCUGUGGAUAGAAUGAUGUUUUCAGACCUGAUGAGGGGACUGUAGCGGCAAAGCCCAAUUCUGCAUCCAGCUGAACUUGGCUCCUGGUUUUAGAGAUGGCAGAGCCCUGCCUGAUGUUAAAUUUGGCAACAUUAUAAACCAGUGCUUUGUUGGUUCCUAUCAUAAUGGGCAGUUGUAGUUGCAUCAAGAUGUCAAGGGCACCACUUCUGGAUUGCUGCCUUAAUGAUCUAAAGUGACAGUUCACAUAAGCUUAUUAUGGUAAAUGUAGCAUAAUUUUAUCUGUCAUUUGUACAAUACCUCAUAUUUCUAAAUGUACCAGCAUGCUAAGGGCAUGCAGAUGACUAUUCCCUUCCAUUUCACGUGACAAGUGCCUUUAUGUGACCAUCUCUUGGGAGUGAAAGAUGGGACAUGGAUCCUUGUAACAAGUCUCUUCAUUGGUUGGUCAUAGUCCAACCAAUGCCAAUACAGUACUUAACACUGUGAGAUUUCCCCAGACCUCUGACCUUUAUAAUUUAUUCAGUAUGCCCUGGAACACACUGGGAACCCCAAGCUAGCUUUUCCUCCAAUGCCAGGAAGUAUAAGUUAUGUUGAAAAGAGGCCACUGUUUUGGCCAAUUCAGCUCACUUGAUCUCAGUGCAUUGCAUUCAUUAAUUAAUUCUGGGAUAGCACCAUUAUCACGGCUACAUCUAGAAACAACACUUUGCUAACUCUUCUGAGAUGCUAUGUAUUAAGUCCUUCCGAAGUUGGGCUUUGGCUUCCAUCAGCUUUAAGCAAAAUAAUGUAACUGAUCAUGUUGUGGAGGAGACAUUACUGUACAGAUCUGGUAACAGGGUCCUUUAUAGUAAGUGCAACAAAAAAAAAAAAGAAACACAUUUAACCUCUGGUUUUAAUCUGAGCAAGGAUUUGCUAUUUGGGGAUAGGAAAACAGUUGACUCAAAUUAGCCUGGCUCUGGUAAUCCAUUAAGAUCAUUUUCGUCUCUUUUCCCUGUUCCCAUCAAAUUGGGG